UUUAGGCUGCAUAUUUAUUUUUGGCCUGGCAUAAAUAGAUCCGGCACAUGUUUUUUUGGUCCGUCACUAUGCGCUGGCUGUUAAUAACACAGUGUACUUACCGCACAGCGAGCGGAUUGUGAAAUGAUGAGGCAAUCGGCGAUAUCUGGUUUCAUGUCUGACAAGUCCGGGGAGUAUAAACCCAAGCAAUGGUGAUUAUACGGCUGAUAUGUUUCUGGUGGCUGAUGUUGUUUGCGACUCAUGCAAGCGUCCGUAUUACGGUACAAUUCAAGGUCACGAUGAAGAAGGUUAAGCGGUAUUUCACAAGGGCCCUCCAUCGGAUACAGAAGGGUCCGGGUUAUACCUACAAAGAGCUGCUGAUCUGGUUCUGUAACAACACCAACACUCAUGGCCCGAAGCGAAUUAUCUCCGAGGGACCCAAAAAGAGGGUCAUGUGGUUCCUCCUGACCCUAGUUUUCGCCGCCCUUGUCUUGUGGCAAUGGGGCAUUGUCAUACAAACGUAUUUGUCCUAUGGGGUUAGUGUGUCUCUCUCCAUUGGCUUCAACACCAUGGUAUUUCCUGCGGUGACCAUCUGCAAUGCCAAUCCUUACAAAUACUCACGUGUUAAACCUUUCUUACAAAAUCUGGAUGAGCUGGUUGAAACCGCCCUGGAACGCAUCCAGUUCUCCAGCCAGAGGGACAUUAGCGUGUCCAGAAACGCCAGCCAAAAUGUCACCCUCGACCCCAGUUUGUGGAACCACAUACCGCUAGUGGUCAUUGACGAACAAGACCCGGACAAUCCAUUGAUCUAUAACAUCUUUGAUAGCAGCACAGACUAUUCUCAGAUUAACACCACCCAAGGCAACCAAACGUCCUACGCGGAGAGAUAUAAAGUGGCCAUUCAACUAUGCACCAACGAUGGGACUCAAUGUGAAUACAGGAACUUUACCAGUGGUAUCCAGGCCAUACGGGAAUGGUAUCUUCUGCAGUUUUCUAACAUCUUCUCGAAAAUACCAUUAAAGGAAAAGAUUGAAAUGGGCUACCAGGCCGAAGAGAUGAUCCUCACCUGUAUGUUUGGAGAAGAAGCCUGCAGUUACAGAAAUUUCACCCAUAUUUACGACCAGGACUAUGGAAACUGCUACAUCUUUAACUGGGGCCAAGAAAGUCAGGACCUAAUGGUUUCUGUCAACCCAGGACCAGAAUUUGGACUGAAGAUUGUUCUUGACAUUGACCAGGAAGAAUACAUUCCGUUUCUUCAGACCACAGCCGCUGCCAGACUUAUUCUCCACCAGCAAAGAAGCUUCCCGUUCCUGAAGGACCUGGGGAUUUAUGCCAUGCCCGGGACCGAGACCUCCAUAGCUGUUCUUGUGGACCAGACAGAGCACCUCGAGGCUCCAUAUUCAUCAUGCACAAUGGACGGCUCCGAUAUUCCUGUGGCAAAUCUUUAUGCAAAAUAUAACAGUUCAUAUUCAAUACAGUCCUGUCUGCGCUCGUGUUUCCAGGAAGCGAUGGUGAAGAAGUGUAACUGCGCUCACCACCUGUACCCACUGCCGGAUGGUGCACAUUACUGCAACAAUGAAGAAGAUCCAGACUGGGUGUCCUGUUACUACCAGAUGAAAGACUCAGUGAUGGAGAGAGAAAAGUGUAUUGAUCUUUGCCAGCAGCCAUGCAAUGACACCAACUAUAAACUGACCAUCUCCAUGGCUGACUGGCCCUCCGCUGCAGCAGAGGACUGGAUUUUCCAUGUUCUGUCUUAUGAGAAAGAAGGCAGCAGUAAGAUAAUCGUGAACAGAAACGGCAUCAUCAGAAUGAACAUCUACUUCCAGGAGUUCAAUUACCGGAGUGUUUCAGAGUCAGAAACCACCAAUGUGGUAUGGCUGCUAUCAAACUUGGGAGGUCAGUUUGGAUUCUGGAUGGGUGGCUCAGUCUUAUGCAUCAUUGAGUUUGGUGAAAUCAUCAUCGAUUGUAUUUGGAUCACAAUACUCAAGAUUCUUGCCUGGAAAAAGCAGAGAAAGGAGAAGAAGCGACAGCCGGAGUAUUCCGAUCCACCGCCCACUGUGUCUGAGCUGGUAGAAGCAUACACCAACCCCGGCUUCCAUCUUGAAGAUCCAGAAGCUAUGCCUAUACCGGGCACCCCACCUCCGAAGUAUGACUCUCUACGAAUGCAACAGAUAGAUGACGCAAUCGAAGUCAUAUCUAGUGAUGAAGAAUAAGAACUUCUCUAAAUGUUUAAUUACAACCAAUAAUCCACUGCUCCUCUUAUCUGCACAUUCAGGAAAUCUACUAGUAUUUGGGGGGGGGGGGGGGGUAUUGUAUUUUUGAACCUUUUUUCAGUAUUGAUCUACUCAAAACUUUACAAUAAAAUUAAUUUAAAUACUAAGCGUACCUGUUAUUUCAGGUGACUUCUCAGGAUAAGCUGCCCUGUGUGUGUACAUGAGGAGCAGCAGUAUUUUUGCUCAUUAUUAGUGUUGAGCGCGUAUAUAUUCGUUUUUUUUUUUCUCCAGAGAACACAUGACAGUGAUCUCAUUAUCA